UAAUAAGAAGUACAGAACCAGAAGCUGGAGUCUGCAGACUGUUAUCUAAAUCCUUCGGUUUUAACACUAAAAAGUCAUAACAUGGUGGUGAAGGUGUAUGGGCCUCUGUACGCCGCCCCAAAGCGUGUUUUGGUAUGCCUUGUUGAGAAAGAGGUUGACUUUGAGACAGUCCCCAUUGAUCUUCUCAAGGGAGAGAACAAACACCCCGAUUUCCUCAAGUUACAGCCAUUUGGAACAGUUCCUCUCAUUGAAGAUGGGGAUUAUACUCUAUAUGAAUCACGCGCAAUCAUGAGGUACUAUGCAGAAAAAUAUAAGUCACAAGGGACUGAUUUGCUGGGAAAGACAAUUGAGGAAAGAGGGCUUGUGGAACAAUGGCUGGAAGUUGAAGCACACAACUUCCAACCACCAAUCUACAACUUGGUCGUUCACAUUCUCUUUACCCCAGUUUUGGGUUUUCCUUCAGACCCCAAGAUCUUACAAGAGAGUGAAGAAAAGCUGGGAAAAGUGCUGGACAUUUACGAGGAGCAGCUGUCGAAGAGCAAGUACUUGGCCGGUGAUUUCUUCAGCCUUGCUGAUCUUAGCCACCUUCCAUUCACUCACUUCUUGGUGGCUAAUAUGGGGAAGGAGUAUAUGAUCAGGGACAGAAAGCAUGUCUCUGCAUGGUGGGAUGACAUUAGCAACAGACCAUCUUGGAAGAGGGUCCUACAGUUUGGCGACCCAUUUUAAGGUCGAUGUACCCUUGGAAGAAAAUUUGUGUACUAUGGGUGUGUACAAUUAUUUUUCUUGCAAUGAUAACGUGUUGUGUAUGAAAAAUUAUUGUGAGAAGAACGUUAAAUUCUUGCGUAAUGUUAUAUUCUCUUGUAGUUUAUAAAACUAUUGUACCCUGGAGUUGGGCAAAAAACAAAAUCAGAACAGCUUGUUGGAAUAAUGUGCUAUCUCCUUGAUCAUUUGCUUUAUGUCGUGGCUUGUGAGAUGUUUUUUAUUUCUCUGUAAGACUCACAUUCGACCUUCCAUUUGCUGAUUGGCUGAUCUUUGAUCGUUUUUCUGCUUCAUCUUCCUUCUAUUUUUCUGUUUCUGUAGUCCUCAUCUCUGAUGCCCGCACUUGUGAACUACAGGG